AUGCAGAAUACUGAGCCCUCAAUGGACGUUGUGGACAGAAUUCAUCAGUUUUUGGCACUUGUGGAACAGUCAGCAGCCAAGUAUGAUCCGAGAUACGUGUUGAAGGUCUUUCGUGAACUUACUCCCGUGAGAAAAGAACUAGACGCUGGAUCGCUGAUCAAAGUUGUUAAGGAGACAUUCCCAAGCUCGCAUCCUCACUACGAAUAUCUCAUUCAGGUUUUGUCUGAUUUUGAGGAUGUCGAAAUGGUUGAGGAAGACGUUGCAGAAGCUCCAAGACCAGAGAUCGACUUGUUCAUUCAUCUGUUGGUGCAAAUUUUCCUCCACGACAAGCAGGACUUCAACAGGUUGGAACUAUUCAACGAGAAAUGCAUCAUUGCACUUGCUAGCCACAAUGAAAGAACCCUUGAUCACAUCUCUGCGAAAAUGUGGUUCUACAUUUUCAGAUCUAAAGAAGUUCUCAAAGAUACAGUCUCAAUCCGUCCUGCACUGCAGUCUGCCUUGAGAACCUCCACUUUGAGAUACGACAAGGAGACACGAGCUGUUGCAAUCACCUUGCUUUUGAGAUCAUAUCUUCUCUCGAAUGACAUUAACCAAGCAUACAACCUUGUCGAAAAGACCGAGUUUCCAGAAGAUGUUUCCAACUCUGUUGUUGCCAGAUAUUACUACUACUUGGCUAGAAUCCAGACGAUCCAGCUGGAUUACUCUGCCGCGGGUGAAUGCGCCAUUACCGCCAUUAGAAAGUGCCCACAGACAAAGUCUGCUCUUGGAUUUUUGCAGGCAGCAACCAAGCUCAAUAUUUUGAUCCAGUUACUGACAGGUGAGAUCCCAGAGCUGUCCACGUUUCGCGAUCUUUCUCUCGAGAAGAGCCUCAUCCCAUACCUCGCCGUGACUAGGGCUGUGAGAUUGGGCGACUUGAACCUUUUCAGUGAUGCCCUGAGCACGUUUGGCUCCGCACUCAAGAAGGAUGACAAUUACAACCUUGUGUUACGCUUGAGACAGAAUGUGAUUAAAACAGGCAUUAGAAUCAUUUCUUUGUCUUACAAGAGAAUUUCUCUCAAAGACAUCUGCAUCAAGCUGCAUCUUGACAGCGAACUGAGUGCUGAAUACAUUGUUGCAAAGGCUAUUAAGGACGGAGUCGUUGAUGCCACGAUUGACCACAAGGAUGGGUACAUGCAAUCGAAUGAGAUGCUGAACAUUUACUCAACCAAGGCACCACAGGAAGAAUUUGACAGAAGAAUCAAGUUCUGCAUGUCUUUGCAUAAUGACUGUGUGCGGGCCAUGCGUUAUCCGAUGAACACGAAUAGAAGCGAAGUGAAAACGGAUGUGGAUUCGAAGGAACGUGAACAGGAGUUACUACAAUACUUACAAGAGGACGAUUUCUUCUAA